AUGGAAAGAUGGACGGCCAUCAACCCAGAACUCGAAACCAAAAACGAAAGUCCGAGCCGCGGCGCGGCGCACUACGACCCGUGCGCGGUGAGCGCAGCGGCGAACGCGGGAGCGAUCAGGGGUCAGGCUAAACUGGCCGAUGCGUAUCGAGAGCAUACGGGGCCACCGGAUUGGCCGAUCGAUUCCACGCCAUUGGGCACCACGGCGCACACUCGAACCGAUAGCCGCGGCUAUCGACGUUUUACGUACGUGUACGAUCCGAAACCGCCUUCGAUAGGGCCGCCGAGCCAGGAGUUAUGUUGCUCAGCGGAGUUCGAGAUUGAGCUGCCGUACGCUUUCGUUGGUUCUCGAUGUCAACGUGAUACUGAAAAAUUCCUAAUAACAUUAACAGUGCUGCUUUCAGGCGUCAAGACUGCACUUAAUUGUGGGGCUUUAACGGGGACUCUGUUUCUCUCUGCUCUGUGCGCACUCUUCGCCUCACCGAUAGCCGGCGAUGUGUGCGGCUUCGGGACGCUGAAAGACGCCCUG